AUGGGGUCUGCGGCAAGCUGGCGGGUGCCAACAAGCAUUCCGCAGGCACCAGACCAUCUUAGUAUCCGAAUCCAAAAGCCUCUCGAUGCUGCUUGGAAACUUCCAACUAUAGAGUUCACACGAUCAGACUCGGAUAAAAGGACGAGACCGAUUGACGAAAGCUCCUCGCAAAGAACGCAAUUUGUGGCUUCUGAUGCAGAUGAUGUUACGUCAGUCAGUGAUUGGGGUCUUGCCGCAGCGACAAACCACUUCAACGAUUCUCAUUUCCACAAUCUGGACUACCUCAAGCUCAUUGAAAAAUUAGGAGGCUGGGAUGAGGUGCAUCAUCAACUAUGGCUUCGCAACCUAGCGGGCAUUCCUUUCAUCAUGUCAAUCCAGUGGAGGAUUGAAGGUAGCCUACAGCGGAAUUGCACAGAUGGGGAGGAGUAUUUGCCAAUUGAUGCCUUCGAGAGUAUAUUUACCCCGGAGUGUAUCUUACUUCUUGUACUUGACGCAUUUCAUGGUGUUGCCAUAACUCAAGUGAUCAGAAUACUAGAUCAUAUUCUCGGGAAACGAACAGGACCAUCUCGGAGGCGACUUUUUGGGAUUCUAACUUUUAUGAACAGGAGGAAAUACCUUGUCAACUUCAUUCGAGCUGGUAUAUACGAUAGCAACCUGCCGCUGAAACCUUCAACGAAAAGUCAACGAUCUUUUGAAUCCCAAAAGACAAACACAAUCAACACAUCUCUAUUUAAAGGGUGGGCACGGACAGAUGUUGAUCUAUUUUAUAUCUACCAGAAGAUGUUCUGCAUACCGUUCUUCGACUUUCAGCACAACAGUCUAUGCUUCUAUGCUUUGGCAGCUGAUGUCAGACUACCCUGGCAGGUGCUUGAACACAAAUUCACUGGCGGUAGUGGAACCGUUUACAAGCUUCAGAUACACCCUGGUCACCAUAACUUUAGAAGUGGAUCUCAGGACUCACAUGAGAUGACAUUUUUUGCUCUAAAGAAGAUUGAUUGGAUUGAUAGGCAAGCCUAUCGUGAAGAACUAAGAGCUCUUCAGAGGUCCCGUGCUCAAAUCACACAGGACAAGCAUUUGAUUAGACUGUUACUUGCUUUGCAACAUGGAGAGCGACUCUACCUUCUUUUUGAGUGGGCCGAUGGUAAUCUGCUCAAUCUCUGGGAGGAGGUUCCGCACAAGGACCCAUCUGGCUCGACAAUUCAAAGAUGGGCAGCCAACCAGUGCUUCGGGGUGGCAAAUGCAGUCAGGCGUAUACAUGGUCUAACAACCGGGCAGAUCCAGAGGAGAUCAUCAUCAGCAAGCGAUGUUACCGACAAAAUAAAAGAGUGGGGACGACACGGCGAUAUCAAACCAAGCAACAUCCUAUGGUUCAAAAAAUACAAAGGCGACGAUAACGUCCUUGUUAUAUCUGACCUGGGCCUCACUAGAUAUCACUCUUUUCACACAAAGUCGCUUGUGCCACGUAUCGACGGAUAUACUAGUGCCUAUGCCGCUCCAGAGCUUGAACUAAACCAACCAAUCUCUCAAAAGUACGAUAUCUGGUCGCUCGGAUGCGUCUUUCUCGAGUUUUGUAUUUGGUAUGUCAAAGGAAAUAAUGCGGUGAUGGAGUUUGAAUCGGAGCUGGCAGACCAGCACGAAUCGGAUAUUUCUAAUUUCGCUCAUGACAACUACUUCAUCAUCAAAACCGAAAAGGAUGGAAAGAAGAGCGCUCAACUUAAACCAGCAGUUACAACAUGGAUCGCCGAUCUAAGAGAUAGUCCGCGCGGCUCGGACUUUGUUCUCAAGAUGCUAGAACUGAUCCAAGAUAGAAUGCUUGUUGUAGAUGUGGACAAGCGGUGGUCUAUCAGUCUUGUGUGUAGAGAGAUCUCAGGCAUUAGAUCUUCGCUACCAAAACUCGAGCAUACAGAGGACUUGCUUUUGGGAAUCGGUGUAGGAGCGGAGCAGGCACUAGAUAGAGUAGGGAAAUGA